AUGGAAAAUAUUCCACCUGCAGUUUCUCCUUCUACCCCACCACCUGAAGAAACUCCGGAGAUACCAGUUGAUUCUCAGGAUUUUCAAACCAGAUUUAAAAUUGAAAAUAUAACCGUGGCCAAGCCACCGCUAUUAAAGAUAUUCUAUUGGGAGAGUUUAGACAUCGAAAACUUAAAUAACAAACUUUUAACAGAUGACCCCUUCAUAGAGCAUCACUUGGAAUUGCCCACUCGACAGCUGAAUAGCCAACCUUUAAAGAUUGUGUUUUGGUUGCGCAGCUUGAGUAAUUUCGAAUACACAAUGCGCAUAAAGCGCAUAAAAAAUUGCCAAUGUGAGCCGCGGGAGACCAGAGUGGGUUUCAAUCAAUUUCGCCAUUUAUAUCAUUGUCCCCAUAGACGUUUAUUACACAUUACUCAAGAGAAGUAUGUAAUGAGAAAGGAUGAAUUAGUGGCCAUGUCUGUGGUGGCGUAUUAUUAUAUUUUGGGAGCUUUUACUUUGACUUUUGAACUGAGGAUUACCGAUUCCCGCAUCAUUAUGCUGCAUUUCCACGUUAACAUUACCACCUUUGAUGCAGUGAAAAGUGUUCUGACCACCAAAAUGGUGCCGGUCAAUAUUAAGGAACAUCGUUGCAUGUCCCAGCCAUUAUGGAUACGAAAUAUAACAAUGCAAAAUUUACAAUUGAUAUUUAGUGGGAAAAAUCGUGGUUUCCGUUUAAUAAAUCCCAACAUGAUCAUACCACGACAAAGUGUUUGGCCCUUGAUUGUGCAGUAUAAGCCCAGUGAUUUUGAAAAUAAUCUAAAUUUAUUUUUAAACUAUGGCGAAAAAAUUACUUCGAAAGGUAAUGCUGGAAAUCGUUAUAAAAUACCCAUAACCUGCAAAGGCUACAUACAAGAAGAAAUUGAAGAUCACCCUGCUCCGCUUUUGGAUUACGAAUGCUCUGAUUUUCUCUACGUGGUGUAUCCCAAUAAACUGGAAUUUACCACAGAACUAAAUGAAGAAAGAACUCUAAUGGUGGCAGUACACAAUUACAAUCAAAAGUGCAUGGAAUUUAAAUGGCAAAUCUAUACUAUUAACGAAUACUUUAGUUUUACCUUCGAACCUAUCACAUUCACCCUCAAGCCCCACCAUUCGAAAUUGUGUGUGGUGCAAGUGAAAACAUUUAACAAUCCCUUACAUUUCACACGUAUACCGGCAGUUUUGGAAGUACAUCGUAUUCUAAAUAAAUCCACACAAAUCGCUAAACAACUUCUAACAGAAGUGGAGUCCAUAGAUGAUCCUAAGUGGGCAGAGGAUAGUUAUGAGGAACAUGUUCUCUUGCACAUAGAUUUAAAGGUCAAAUUUCCUGAACUUCAAAGAGUCAAUGUACAAGAACAAAUAGAAACAAAUAGCUCGCCUAGUAUGGGAACCACCAUAUUUGAGAAAUUAUUUUGGGAAUAUUUGUCAAAAUCGAAUCAUAUGCGUAAUACUAGUAAAAUACCCAGAAAUUUAAGCUAUGAACAGGUGUUGAAGGGUGAAACAAAUUUAAAGAAUAAACAACCCGGUUUGGAAAUUGAUAAACAGUGA